AUGGCAGCUAACAAUGCAGAUCAGGUCGUCUUUGAUAAGGUUGCUGAAAUCAACGCAUCUAAAGAGUCUUGGAACAUACGUGUUAAAGUCGUCAUGCUUUGGAAGCCGACCUAUAUAAACAAUCCUAAUAUGGUCGCAAGCCUGGACAUGAUUUUAAUUGACCAGGAGGGAAGUAGAAUUCAAGCAACAAUAAAAAAAAAUCUUAUUCCUGUAUUUGAAUCCCUAUUCGAUGAAGGAGCUGUCCGGGAGAUCAGUAACUUCGCUAUGGCUAGCAAUGAAAGCGAAUACAUGCUUGUUCCUCAUAAACAUAAAAUCAAUUUCUACAAAACCACAAAAGUUCGUGUAUCCACUGAUUUUGUUGAUACAGUAGAUCCUUAUCAUUUUAUCUCUUUCCCAGAUUUGCUAGCCAGGAACUUUGACACUCGUGUUGCAUUUGGUGAAGUUGUGUCAACUGAUCCCAUGCGAGUCAUUGUUGAGUAUGGAAGAGAGAAAAGGUUAAUGAAUCUGGUUGCUCAGGAUUUAAGUGGUACGAGAAUUGCAGUCGCUUUGUGGGGCAGUUUUGCAAUGAAGCUGAAUACUUACAUUUCACAACAUAAUAAUGAGACUGCUCCUGUUAUUAUCCUGCUACGUUUGGCCAAACUCAAAAUUUGGGGUGGUAAGUAUUUUUUACAACAAAUUAUCAUUUCAACUUCAAAAUUGCAUAUAAAUGAUGAUAUGCCUCAGAUUUUGGAGUUCAAAUCAAAUCUUAAUGCUUUGGAUACGAAUGUUGAGUCUUCUAGCCGUACAUCCCAGCUCAACUCAGAUACUGUUGUGGCUAAUCCAGAGGAUUACUACCUCCGUUUUCAGAUAAAAAACAUUGAUGAAAUUCCUGAUUUUAAUGAGGAAGUUGGUUUAACCAUUAUCGCUACUAUCAUUGGUUUUGAUAUGGAUGAUGGUUGGUAUUCAUUUUGUUGUGAUUGUUCUAAAAAAGUUACUAAAAAUGAUGAUGAUGUUGAUGCUGGCCCUUUUCACUGUGAUGGUUGUAGAUUUGUCUCAGAUGUAUUUGGAAAGAUUAGGAUAGUAGUUCGUGUGCAAGAUGAAAGUGGGUCUUCUUCGUUUGUAUUGUUUGAGCGUCAUGUAAAAGAUCUUAUUCAUCGUGGAAACCAAUGGUUGAUGGAAAAAAUAGCUAAGGAUCAAGGGCGACAACAGAUACCUGAUGAGUUCAAAAUUCUUCUAAAUAAGAAGUUUGUCUUCAAAGUUCAGAUAUCCAUGUUCAAUCUGCAGAACAACUAUCGUGUUUACACUGUGCAUAAGUUAACUGAUGAUGAAAGGGUUCUUGCUGAGGUGACAAAACGGUCACCAAAUCAUCAACAUCAUAAUAUAAAUGAUAAUGGUAUUCCUAUUAACAAGCCAAAUAAGGAAAAUACUAAUUCUGUGCAUGAUGACAAUCUUGAUGUUGUUGACCUUGAAGCUGUAACACCAUCAUCGAGUACGGGGAAGCGCCCUAUUGAGAUUGAUGCCAACACUGACUCUUUGGAGUGGUCUUCUUCAAAAACUCGUGCUGUACGGGAUACCUUGAAGAUCCCAAAGUUGGAAAAGUUGGACUAAUAUGAAGCCGCCCAUCAAAAUUUUACAUAUCAUCUUCGAUAUGUUUAUAGACAUUUUCUUUUUAAUCUUUUGUGUGUCGCAUUUUCAAUUGUCUGUUUUUUGAUCUUUUGGUUGCUUUUAAAAUUUUAUUGAGUUUUUAUUUGGUGUGUACACAAUGAUAGAAUUGGAGGUUAUGACAAUUUCAAGUUAUUGAACUCUUUUGAUUUAAUGC